AGCUCCACACAAAUCGUAGCACCGAAGGAUAGCAGCAGACACGCACGCACAUUAGAUACGAUGUGCCCAUUUUCACAGUUCCUCGUGGCGCUGGCGCUGGCGGUGGCGCUUCUCCCCGUCAUCGGCGCCGCCGCCGGCGACCGCGGGACGCGCUACGCCGGCGUCUUCAGCUUCGGCGACUCGCUCACCGACACCGGGAACUCGCUGCAUCUCGCGGCCACCCGCGCGGGGCCGUCCAGCCGGCCGCCCUACGGCGAGACCUUCUUCCGGCGCCCCACUGGCCGGGCGUCCGACGGCCGCCUCGUCGUCGACUUCAUCGCUGAGGCGCUGGGGGUACCGCACCCGACGCCGUACCUCGCCGGCAAGAGCGCAGAGGAUUUUCGGCGCGGCGUGAACUUUGCCGUCGGUGGAGCGACGGCGCUUGGCCCGGAUUUCUUCGAGAGCAGAGGGCUUAAGCCGUUUGUGCCUGUCUCUUUCACAAACCAAGCCACCUGGUUCAAGAACGUUUUGCAGCUUCUUGGCUCAGUUCACAACCGUACGAGGAUCAUGGCGACCUCGCUCUUCAUCGUCGGCGAGAUUGGAGUAAACGAUUACCUCGUCGCCUUUGCCGGGAACACCACCGUCGAGGAGGCGCGGGCCUUCGUGCCGCACAUCGUCGGCGCCGUCCGUUCAGUCGUGACCGAGGUGAUCGCCGCCGGAGCGAGGACCGUACUGGUCCCCGGGAUGAUACCGCUCGGCUGCGAGCCACAGCUGCUCGCCCUCUACCAGAGCGGCGACCACGACCCGGCGUCCGGCUGCAUCAAGCCGCUCAACAACCUCGCCGAGCUGCACAACCGCGCGCUGAACGGCAUGCUCCGGGAGCUCCGGCGAGCGCACCCGGGGACGGCCAUCCUCUACGCCGAUCUCUACGGCGCCGUCGCCGAUCUCAUCGUUUCGCCCCGGAAAUACGGGUUUAGGGAUGAGCCGCUGGCGGCGUGCUGCGGCGGGAGCGGCGUGUACAACUUCAACAUGACGGCGUUCUGCGGCGCGGCCGGGACGGCGGCGUGCGCCGACCCGUCUGAGUACGUGUCCUGGGACGGGGUGCACUUCACGGAGGCCGCCAAUAGGCACACGGCCUGCGCCACGUUGAAGGCCAACUCGCCUGCUCUGCUCAGCUCGUGGACGGCGGAGGCGAGACGAAGGAUUGGGUGCGCCUAAAAGCCUAAGCCUAACUAAGACAGCGACAGAGGGAGUAGAGCAAUUCCGGCUAAAUUAAUCCUUGGCACACGUGGACGUUCUCCUGCUAAGGCAUCGACUAACUACACUUUUUGACUAGGCAGGCUGCUCGUGUUGCCGUGUGGGGUACAUUUGUAAAAGAAAAAGUGUUUCAAUUAGAUGCACACCAUAAUUGUUUGAAGGAAUUGAGAAAUACAUUGUUUGAAGA